CCUCCAGCCGCGCGGUGCCUCGUCUGACGCGCCUGCGCGGAAGCUCCGGCGCAGCGCGCUCCUAGAGCCACACCCCUUGCCUGGGCCACGCCCCCAGAGGCCCGCCCCUCGCCGCCGGGAUCCCACCCCUCUGCCCGCAAGACCCCGCACCCUCAUGAUCCUGCAGCCGCCCCUGGAGCGAGGCCCCCGAGGUCGGGCCCUGCGCGAGCCCCGGGCCAUCUUGGGGACCGGUCGCGGCCUCGAUGCCAGGGAACCUCUGCGCAAGCACUUCCUGUCGGAGGAGAACAUGGCCACCCACUUCUCCCGACUCAGCCUGCACAACGACCACCCCUACUGCAGCCCCCCUGUGGUUCUGCCCCCCGCCUUGCCUCCUCUCAGGAGCCCCAGCUCUGAAGUGCUUCUCUGGCGCUACCCUGGGAACCUCAUCCCUGAGGCUCUGCGGCUGCUGAGGCUGGGGGACCCUCCUGCGCCCUCCUCCCCUGCCGCUCCCACUGGGGACGGGAGGGAGCCCUGAGCGUGUGGGUCCCAGGAACCAGCAGCCACCAGCACUGAAGGACCAGGUGCCCAGGCAUCCACCUGCUGACUCGAGGACUGAAGAUGCUGAGCCCCAGGGCGCCCUGGGAUGGGAGGGCCCGGAGCGCAGGGAGGAGGUGGUGCUUCCCCAAGACCUGGAUAAUAAAGACUGUUUCACAAACUGGC